AUGGCUUUGAUUUUACCGCCCUGCAACCCACCCGGCGAUGCCCACACCAUCAAGGACGCCCUCGAGCUACAUAGACUCUUCUGCUGGGGCUUCGUCCUAUUCCGCUGCACCUACCGCUCGCAGGAGAACUGGGAAAAGUUCCUUGCCCGCGUCCAGGGGCACGCCCGGGAGCGCUUUGAGCAGGCCGGGCUCAUGGACGUCUAUGCACGUAUGCGUUGGACCGUCUUCGAGGACGCGGCUGGGCUCGACGGCGCCGAUAUCGCCGAGACGAGCCGUCGGUUCGUCGAUUGGUUGCAGCGGGGCUUGGGCGGGGAGAAGCUGGCGGGCAGUGUGGUUCCGUUGUUCAUGGGCGGCUCGCCGAGGCACGAGUUCUUUUUUGCACGUCGAUGA